ACAUUUUAUAAAUAAUUUUUUUUUUUAUACUCUUUUAAAGAUUUACAAAAAAUUUGUUUUACUCAUGCAGUAAUACUACAUCUGUAUUUAUGAAAAUAGAAAUUCUUUUACUUCUACCUCAUAAUGUUUUAUCACAUCAAUUGUUUCUUUUUCUUUUUUUUUCUUGUUUAGUUUCUGCUAUGUAAUUCUGAAGAUUAAUUUGUGAUUGUAACUUGGGCAGAAAAAAUUUAAUUUCUAUUGUUUAUAAUUUUUUGUUUACAAGAACAAACAUAUAUUUAUACACAUAUAUAUAUAUAUAUAUAUAUAUAUUAUAAUUUGUGUAUUAUCUAACAAUGAUUCUACAAACAUAUAUAAUAUUAUUAUAUUAUUUACUUUCAUUUUUAUGUAAAGGACAAAAUAUUGUGUUAAUUAUAGCUGAUGAUUUAGAUCUAGUUCUAGAUGGGAUGACACCAAUGAAGAAUACGUUAGAUCUUAUAGGAGGUAAAGGUGCAACAUAUUUAAAUCAAUUUGUGGCAUCACCAAUUUGUUGUCCUAAUAGAGCUUCCAUUCUAACCGGUAGAUAUCAACAUAAUCAUUUAACAGUAAAUAAUUCUAUUUCUGGUGGUUGUAACAGUAUUGGAUGGCAAGAAAAACAGGAACCUAAUACGUUUGCUGCAUAUUUAAAAAAUGAAAUGAAUUACGUUACAUUUUAUGCUGGCAAAUAUUUGAAUCAGUAUGGAAGCAAAAGUGUUGGCGGGGUCAAUCAUAUUCCACCAGGUUGGGAUUGGUGGGCGGCUCUUGGAAAUUCAAAAUAUUACAAUUAUAUUUUGUCUAUUAAUGGUACAAAAAAACAAUAUGGAAAUAAACCUGAGGAUUAUCUCACAGAUGUGAUAGCCGAUUUAGUUAAGGAAUUUUUUAAUCAAUAUAACUCCUAUGAUAAUCCUUUUCUAAUGGUACUGUCACCUCCUGCACCUCAUGCACCUUUUACACCAGCUGUAAGGCAUAUUGAUAAGUACAAAGAUAUAAAGGCCAAGAGAACCCCAAAUUUUAAUACUUUGACUCAAACAGAUAAACAUUGGUUGGUCAGGAGAGGACCGUCGCCUCUUCCGCAAAAAAUAUUACCAAAAUUAGAUGAAAUUUAUAGGCGAAGAUGGGAAAGUCUUUUGGCUGUUGAUGAACUUGUUAAAAGUGUACAUGACAUAUUAGAACAGAAAAAUCUUUUGAAAGAUACAUAUAUUAUUUUUACAUCGGACAAUGGAUAUCAUAUUGGACAAUUCAGUAUGCCAAUGGAUAAACGUCAACCAUAUGAAACUGACAUAAGAAUUCCAUUACUGAUCAGUGGUCCUGGGAUAUCCCAUUCAACUGUAACUAAACCAAUUAGUAGCGUAGAUUUAUUUGCUACGAUAUUACAGAUAGCUGGCUUAGAACGUCCCUCUGAUGGAAUAUCUUUUUUAAGAAAAACAUUAUCAAACGACCGAACAGUUUUAAUAGAAUAUAGCGGAGAAAAGUCAAAACAUAAAUCAAAUAUCGGAUGUCCUAGUGAUAAUGAUUUAAAUCUCGCUCUUUGCAAUAAAGAAUUGUCUUGUAAAUGCGAGGAUGCCGCAAAUAAUACUUACAGUUGUAUUAGACGUAUUUCUCCGUUAUACGAUAAUAUUUUUUGUAUAUUCGAAGAUAACGAGGCAUACAUCGAGGCUUAUGAUCUAAAACAGGACAAUUAUCAAAUGAAUAAUAUCGGCUAUAGUAUGAAACGUGAACAUAGAUAUAAAUUUAGGAAACGUCUUAAAAAAAUGGUUUCUUGUAAGGAUAAUGAAUGUAUUUUUACAAACUUGGGAAAUACGUAUUAUUAAUUAUCUUAUAGAGAAAAAAAAGAGUUAACUAUUAUUAAUU